AUGGAUCACUCCACGUUUUUAUCAAAGACACUCAACAAAUUCAACAAACACCCGCGGAAACGCACUCAGCUUGUCCAAGAAGCCAUCCUCCCUUGGUUACGCAGCAACAAGUCAAUUGCACUAUCAUCCUUAUCAACACCAUCCACCCCAAAAAAGACCAACAAGCUACGCAAUUUACUCGCAUCUCGCAAAGGAAAAGGUCGUCGCCAAAAGGGGUUGACAGCAGAUACAGCAGCAGCAUCCCACAUUGAUGGCCUGAUACAAGUCUUGCUCGAAUGGUGGAAAGCCUUGAUGGGUUCGGUGAGAUACAUCGAACAUUCGCAGCAAACGCCCUAUCUUGAAUCCAUUGUUGAGAUCCUUUCUCGCGAGGAAUUCAUAUCCUAUGACCACCAUCUCCUUGCCUCCGACCUCGGCUGUGAAACAAAUAGCGAUGCCACCAAUCUCAGAUCAAGUUACCUCGAGUUGCUCAAUGAUACGGUUCAAUACGCCAUCAACAGUGCCAAUGCAAGCACCGUACAUCCUGGGUCCAUGAUAUUUUGUGCACAUGUCUUGGCUUUAGGCUUUUUCAAGUUGCCAGGAUUAGCUUAUCACCUUCUCAAUCUUUUACCUGUACAACGCCGGACACUAUCCCGAAUCCGUCAAGAGCUCUUAUGCAACGCCCCAUCUUGCACAACCACCUCCUCGUCAUCAUCAUCACCAUUAUCAUCAUCGGCAGCAGUAGUAGCUCCUGACAUUGUAUCCCGAUUGUUCAAUGCUAUGCCAAACCAUCUCCAUCCCUUAAUGAAAAACCCAUCAGGACAAGUGGACAGCAAGUAUAUGGCAGUAUGUACCAUCAAAUUUGGCGAUCAUUGGAUAUCAAGGUGGCAAACAAGUGAUCGUGCAUUUUACAUCCUUUUCUAUCAACGUUAUCACUUGCAUCUGAGGACAUAUAUAGAUGCAGCUACGCUUCUCCCGAAUGCAAGCACAUUGCUAUUAUCAGAAAAGAACCCAUUACUUGCAUGGUCACCAGGGUAUCUUCACUUUGCAGCUUACAUGGCGGACAAGAUUGUGCAUUUGCUGCAGUAUGACCCGGCAACAACUAUGGCCUCAUUAUUGUUGAAUCCCAAUUCCACCACAACGACGACUAUUUUGUCCCAUCCCCAACAACAAAAGGAGGCACCAUGUAACACAAUGGAUACACAAGCGAGUUUUGAAAUUGCCAAGAAUGAUCUACGUUCGGCAUCGCCACCUCCAUUUGCCACUGCAAUAAGCGGUAGAACGGCUAUUGACGAAAGCAGUAACAACGCCAUGUUUUUGCCCGAGUCAAGAAGACAAAGCCUUGGAGCGGAUACCAUCCAAUGUAGCAAACCCAUGGUGUUGCGAUCCAUGGUGAUCAAUAUGAGUGCAUUGGAUCAGCAGCAGCAUCAGCAUCAGCAAACAUCUGCAUCUGGUAAACCACGCACAUUGGAUGCAACAUCGCGCCGUUAUGCAUAUUGCCUUGUUUCGUGUGGCAUGCCUUUGAAUGAUAUCACGGGACUGCUUCUAUUUCGAGACAUGCUCAACGUUUGGAUUCGAACUAUUGCCAAACAAAUCAGGUUGACUGUACCGACAAGUGUAUUUUGCUUUCUCGACUUUGUUGAAGAUCUCUUUGUGGAAAUACAAAAGAAAGACAAUCCAAGAAGCACGUUUGAUUAUCUUGAUCUCCCAUUCGUCAUUCACACCCUGAACAUCAUUCUUGUGCAAUGCGACAAUACGAUCGUCCAAAUGCGAGCACUUGCGUUCAUCUACACCCAAUUUGCAUCCUUGACGGAGAGCCAUCCCGAGUAUUUGACGAUGCUAUGCAACCGUAUCUUGCUUCAUCCUUUUGUAUUUGAGAGGUAUCUCACCCAUUGGCACUCUGGUAUUCGCGUGAUUUUCCUUCAAUGUCUUUUUUGGCGCCUAAGACCCGUAUGGUGCUUUGCCACUGUUCCCUGGAAACCAACCCCGGCUUCUUCAUCUUCAACUACAACAAAAGAAUGCAAUGGCAAACAUUGUUGGCAUAGAUGGCACCUAGAACAUCCAAGUUUCACAGCCAACAUCCCGCAUUUCAGGAAGUGCCGCUUAGCCAUCUUGGAAGUGCAUAUUGCCAUGGAGACAAUUCUUUCAGCUUUUCAUCGACAAUACGAUCAUCUUCAAUCAAUGUAUGGCAGCAUCAUUGAUCCUCGUGAGAGACAUGCAGAGUUGAUUCGACUUGAAGCUGAUGAUGUUCAAGCACCUACUCCUUUCCUCCCUGGCACUUUUGCAUCAACACUAAACCGCCCCGAAUACGAGGAUGCAUCACACAGACAGCAGCAACAACCAGGGAAGCCAAAGUCAACACGCUUACGAGCUUCACAUUCUCGAGAAGAACAACAGAAACGGGCAACACGGCGAUUGAGCAACAUUUACAAUCAUACAACGAGACGAUUAUCAGCUGUAUUUUCCUCGUCAGCAACCUCCUUACCUUCUUCACCUGAUGAAAAGUUUUCUACUUUUUCACCACGGCGUUUUAGCGAACCAAAGCUGUCAUUGAUGGGUCCAACGGCAUCAUCCACCCGUUCACCAUUACCUUGUGAUGAGUAUUACCUCGUGCCAGAUGCAUACAAAUCCAACACCCAUAAGCGCAGCAUGGUGACCUAUUUUUACCAUACCAGCAACAGCAGUCUUGGUGUAGAUGAUCAUUUCAGUGCCCACGGUGAUAAAGUGACUAGCAGUGCCAGCACCAGCACCAGCACCAGUAGUAGCAGCAGUCGAUGUGGUGGUGACGAUUCAGCUUAUGCGAGUGGCACAUCUACUCCCAUCAAACCACCCAUGGUACACCCUGAUGUCUCAAUUUCAGAAUCGAUCCAAGAUGCAAGUACAUGGCAAUAUUCACCCUUGGUUCACAAGUAUGCCAUCAAAGCAGUCGAGGAAAUGGAGCGUAUAGCAAAAUGCAAAACACCACCAGCUGCGACAUCCUUGUCAGUGGAUUGGCCCAAGGCAUGGUCUUUUCCAAUGGCACUUUAA